UUAUUAGGACACUUUCUUCUAGUUACACAAGAAAGUCAGGUUUCAUUGAUGGACAAGCAGUCAUUGCUUAGAUCCUGACUGGUGAUGGGGGAUGGAAGGCUGAACAAAGUGAACAGACAAGGCAUGAUGUCAUCAACUGCCCAUCUCCUGAUUGGCUUUUUCUGCCACUUACUGUGCCCUCUGGUGUCAAGUCACAUACCAGAUGGGAUCCCUGAGGCAAGGUCAGCCUUUUCAGUGGCUAGGACCAACAGCAUGGAGGGAGGCCCCAAAAUGGUGGUGACCUUCGACAAGGUUUAUGUAAACAUUGGCAACGACUUUGAUGCCAAAACAGGAGUGUUCCGGUGCCGCAUUCCUGGGGCCUACUACUUUUCCUUUACAGUGGGCAAGUUUCCUAGAAAAAAUCUGUCAGUAAUGCUGAUGAAAAACAAGAAUGAGGUUCAAGUCAUUGUGUAUGAUGAGCAUAAUGGAAAAGACAGGAAGGUUCAAAGUCAAAGUGCCAUGCUUCAGCUUGACUUUGGUGACACAGUGUGGUUGCGCCUGCAUGGAGAUCCAAAAUAUGCCCUGUACAGCAACACGGGACCAUACACCACCUUCAAUGGCUACCUGAUUUACCCCAAUACCUACUCGAGUUUCACAAACAGCCUGAGCUCCAAGGAGGUUCUUGAACCACAUUUGGCUAGCCUCCAAUCAUCCUGCUUACGGCAGGACAGCGGCUGCCAGAAUGUGUUGUCUGACCAGCCAGAGGAUGAGCCCUCAGAGGAAGAAGAAGAGGAGGACCCCCGGUCUGCGUUCUCAGUGGCUCGGACCCAGAGCAUAGUUGGACAGGACCAGGAGAAGUUAAAGCACGAGCCCAUCACCUUUGACACAGAAUUUGUUAACAUUGGCAAUGACUUCAACACUUCCGCUGGAGUGUUUACAUGUCGCAUUUCAGGCGCCUAUUACUUCUCGUUUACUGUUGGAAAGCUUCCACACAAGAUGAUGUCAGUGAAGCUUAUGAAGAACCACCUAGAAGUUCAGGCAAUGAUCUAUGAUGACAGUCAUUCUAAAAGAAGAGAGAUGCAGAGUCAGAGCUUGAUGCUGUCGCUGAACCGAGGGGACACCAUCUGGCUAUAUAGCCACCAACACGAUGGCUAUGGGGCCUAUAGCAACCACGGCAAGUACAUCACCUUCACCGGAUUUCUGGUGUACCAGCAGCCAGCUCCACAUAACCCACCAACUGCCAAAAGGCAGCUCUGAAAAGUUGUGGGGCUUGAAGACAUUCCGAGUGUCUGAAUUUUUUCUUCUUGAGUACAUUGUCUAAGUUGUGAGGAACUUUCGUUUUCAAAAGUGAGACGCAUGACAAAGAUUUGAAUGUUCUAUCCAUCCUGCUUUCUGGAAACAAGCAGUUUGUUCAAUGGAGUAUUAGCAAAAAGCACCUGUGGCAGACUCUCCUAGGCUCUGGAGAUGACUACUGAACCUUCACUUCAGCCAUUUUCUAACAGACAGCUUCAUGACUUCAGCUUCAUGAUCACUUUAUACAGCAGAUGGAGAUCCUCACAUGCAGCACUUCAAUGCACUCAUAGUGUGUGGUUCUGAUACAGGAAGGUCAACACAAGUUUCACCACAUGGAGAACAUCAUCCAUACUGAACUGCAAAUGAAUCAUUACAGGCUCCAACACAGAACUGCACCUCUUAAUGCUCAGUAGGUGUUCCUUCACAAGGAGGAGCUCUGAGGCUUCAUUGGCUGGUCUACUACAAGGAAAUGUACUCACCAGAUAUUCCUUCUCUGAACAUCUCCACUAGGAAGGGGCUCAUAAACUUCAUUAUAUGCUCUAGCACAAGACAUUAUAAUUAACUUAUUACAUAGCCAGCUGUGUGUGGUAGAUCUUCAUUCUCCACAGCAUAUUCAUCGCCUUAAAUUAUCAUUUGCUUUACUACAGGGCACACUAAUGAACUUACUACAUGGCCUUCUGUUUGCAUGGUUGGUCUAGAUCAACUACAGAAUGUUCAAAACCUCCAGGAGGACCUCUGAAACUUCCUUAUAUGUUUUACAAGAAGGCACCAUUUUGAAAAUAUCACAUAUUCCACUGCGAGUAUGGUAGGUUUCAUUUCACCAUAUGUUCAACACCUAUAGGUGGACUCAGAAGGCACCAUUCUGAACUUAUUACUCAGCUCACUGUAAACCUUAACUCAGCUAAAUGCAUUCGUUUUCUUAAGAAGGAACUCUACCACAUGUUCUAAAACUAGGCACUAUAAUUAACUUAUUGCACAACUCACUGUGUGUACAAUACACCUUGAUUCACCACAUGUUAAUCACCUUAAUUGAUCACACGGUUUUCUACAGGGUCCUACAAUUAACCUAUUCUUUGUUCACAUUCAGCCCAGAUUCAUCAAAAUCUGUUCAAAAUCUUUAGGAGGAACCUCCAAGGCUUCAUCACAUGUUCCAACACAAUAAGAAUUAUACUGAUAUUGCAUUGAUCUGUAAAUGUAUUGCAAGUCUUGGUUCACAAUGCUUCAACCACCAGUAGUUCUAGGCGCCCCACCAAAAUUUUACUAUAUGCUCUUCACGAAGGCACAAUUCUGAACUUAUUACACAGCCCUUUGUGUUUAGGGUAGGUCUAAAUUCACCAUAUUAUGUUCAAAACUUUUUUACCUCCAAAGCUCCAUCGUGUGUUCUAGCACUAUAAUGAACAUAUUGCAUGGAUUGGUACUGUAUAUGUAUUGCAAGUCUUCAUUUACCACAGACUUAUUGUGCAUGACCACUGAAUCUUCGCCUCAUGUUCUAAAGUGAUGAUCCAUUGGUUAUUACACAAACAUGGUCCCCCAUGUGCAAGCUAGAUCUUGAUGCACGGGAAUAUGUCCAAUGCCUAAAGAAGGGCCUCUAAAGCCUCAUUACAAUGCAGUAAAAGGUGGCACUGAUUUGAAGAUUUCAUUGCCUUAUGUUAUCACGUGCUUUACAGUAAGGCACUCUAAUGAACUUACAAUGUCCUCUGUAUGGAUGUUUAGGAUUUAUUCACCACAGUGUCCUUCCAAGGAAUUUGAGCACAUGCUCUAAAACACUAUAAUGAAUUUAUGAUUUAUGUAUACUGUAAGUCUUCAUUUACUACAAAGCAUUCCCAAACUCCAACAGGACUACUGAGACUUCAAGUCUUGAUUAAUCACAAGCAUUAUAUAAAAUUGUAUAUAUUACAUGGUCAUCUAUGUGUCUACAGUACUACUUAAUUAACCAUAAUAUGUUUAUCACCUAAUGGAGAACCUCCAGAGUCUAUUCACACACUUUACCACAAGCCACUAUGUUAAACUUUUUAAAUGGCUCUCUGUACAGUAUGUAUUAUAGAUUUGAUUAACCAUAAUGCACUCACCACCUUGGUGAACCACCAAAGUGUCAUCACAAAGCCUAUCAGAAGAAACCAAUUUCAAGUUAUUGAAUGACCCUCCUUAUGUAUGGUUGGGUUUGAUUCAGCACUUCUAGGUGGAGUAGCAACAUUUCAUUACAUUUUCUAAUGCUUUGAGUUCAUCUUCACCAGGAGGUCAUCUGAAGUUCUAACAAUAAACUGGGCUCAUCCUUGGGCUUCCCUACAAUGCAGUCACUUUCCUUCUACUGUUGCAUCUGCUUGACUGGUAGUUAGCCUGAUGAAGUGCUAAAAUCAGAAGUGUGCACAUUGACCACUAUGUAAUCUGUACAUGCUUCUGAGUAAAUUAAAUUAGCGGCCAGUGAUUACUUGUAGAGAUGUGUAGAUUUGCUCUCCCUAUUAGGCUGUCUUAGCAGAAGACAUAUGCUGCUCUAAUUUUAAGCAGAACCCUGUUGGGAAGCUGCACCCAUUACUGCCAGUACAAGCUUUGGCACCUGAGACCCUGAACAGAAUCAGGCAGGUUAUUGAGAAUGAUGUGGUAUGUCAUGGAUGUUAAGCAUUCGUGCUGCUCCACCUAGUGACAGAAGUGCACUACCGUGGACUUUUGUAAGGCCAAACCAUAUUGUACUAUAGUUGGAAACAAAGCUUAGCUGGCCUUGAUAGAAAUGAACAGCACAUUCAAAGCCCAAAAAGCAGCCAUACUUUAUGCACUUGUGCUUUGUGUUUGUGUGUGACCAAGCUAACUACAAUAGCAGCGUGAGGUGACAUAAAUCAUGAGAAUUGAGAGAUCUAACCAUUAUCACAGAAGCCUUCUAAAGUCAAAGUCAUGUCUUGUUAAAAAAUAAAUAAAAAUUCAGGAAGAAGGUGACACUGUGGGGACAAGAUGGCGACUCCAAACUGGCCUCUCUUAGCAGGAGCAGGUGUGCCCCUUAUUACUGCCACGCAGUAAUAGAAAAAGCAAGUACUGAAAAUGGAUAAACAUUUCAUAAAGAUGUGAAGAGAUUGAAUUAUUAUCUUAGCCUAAUACAACAUUUUCAAGCCCGCUAUUUAAGCUGUUUAAUCAGUUUAAUAGGAACUGUUAAAAAUAAACCUUACCUAAUGAUGGAAAUGUUACUUUUCCAUAGAAUCCCAAAGAAUACUUUUUAGUUUUAUUUCACUAUAAAAAUGAAACAGAUGUCACCAAAGCCACCUUUGACUACAGAAGGACUGCUUAUUCCUGCCUCUGGGGGGCUAUGGUGGUGACAGGUUUUAUUCAACUAAUUCCUGAUCUUAUAUGAAAAUCUAAUGUUAUUUCAAUUAAACAUGCGGCUAAUUCACAGUUUAGUCUUUUACAUAACAUCCAUAAAUUUAGUUAAUCUAGCUCAGGAUUCCAGGAGGCUGAAGCCUAACGUGGCAGCAAUUGGCAAAAGUCAGAAACCAGCCCUGGCCACAGUGCCCCAUAGUCCACCACUGGGCCCACUCAAACAUAAAGCCAAUUUUAAAAACUCUAAUUACUUAAAUGCAUGUCUUUUGUGAUAUAAGAGGAAAAACAGAAUUCCAGGAAGAAAAACCAUCCAGACAUGAAGAGAACAGGCAAUCCAUAUACUGUAGGUGUAGAACUGUAACCCAUGAGGCAGAAGUGCUAAUCCCUGUGCUACCCUGCCACCCUAAUUUGCAUGUGGGUUUAUUCACUUCUAGAGGAAUUUAAUAAGUAGGCCUCAACAUGGCAAUCAUUCAUUUCAGAUUGUCUCAGAUAUUUAAAAGGUGACUUGCUAACAAUCAAACAAUUGGACACAGCAUGGAAGUUGUUGCCUCUCUUUAGUAUUCAUUCAUUGUCAUUUGCACUGGUCUUAUUUUUGUCAAUAUCCACUAUUUAAUUACACUUAAAAGGGCAAAAUGCAUAGCAAAUAUAUAUAUAAAAAUACUUUUUAAAAACCAUGCUUAUAUUAAGUUAAAAACUGUACUAA